AGCCAGUGGAAAACAGUAAUGGAGAGACGCUGAGGGCAAAGAAGUGAAAAAACUGUUGAAAGACGUGCUGUUUAUUUAUUUAGAAUUAAUUUUCAAUUGUUUUGUACUUUAAUUUUACAACUAACAAAGUAUUAACAUUCAUCAUGGCGCCAAGAACUUUACGAGACUUUGAUAAAGAUAAAGAAACCUUCAGACUCUUUUUAACAGAGUUCAUGAAAAUGGACGACAAAACUGGAGACAAGAGAUUUAAAUAUCGAGAGCAACUUACAAAAAUUGCUCAUCGUGAAGAAACUGCAUUUACAAUUGAUUUGGAUGAUCUUCAAGAAUUUGAUGAUGAUCUCGCUGCGAUUGUUGCUGCAAAUACAAGAAGAUACGUCAACAUGCUUCUUGAGCUCAUUCAAGAUAUACUUCCUGAUUUUAAAGAAAGACCUGUUCCUGCCAAGGAUGCUUUAGAUGUUUAUAUUGAACAUCGUAUGCUUAUGGAAGCACGUAAUCAACAUCCUGGAGAACAGAGAGAUCCAAGGAAUAGAUAUGCACCAGAACUUAUGCGUCGAUUUGAAGUCUACUUUAAAAAUUUCGGUAAUGAAAAAGGUCAAUCGGUUCGUGAUGUAAAAGCCGAGCAAAUUGGUAAACUUGUAACAGUUCGAGGAAUUAUUACCAGAUGUACAGAAGUGAAACCAAUGGUUGUUGUUGCAACUUACACUUGUGAUCAAUGCGGUGCUGAAACUUAUCAAUGCAUAAAUUCUAUGACUUUUAUGCCACUUAAAUCGUGUCCAACUGAGGAUUGUCGUGUGAAUAAAUCAGGUGGAAGACUCGUUAUGCAAACUAAAGGUUCAAAGUUUGUCAAAUUUCAAGAAGUAAAAAUGCAGGAACAUAGCGAUCAAGUACCAGUUGGUCAUAUUCCUAGAUCGGUGACAAUUUAUUGUCGUGGAGAAACCACAAGAUGCUGUCAACCAGGAGAUCAUGUUCUUGUCACCGGAAUAUUUCUUCCUCUCACCAAAAGUGGUUUUACUGCAAGAAAUGCAGCGGGACUUCUCAGCGAAACUUUCAUCGAUGCUCAUAGUGUAGUUUGUUUGAGUAAUGCCGAAACAAAAGAUGACUCGGAUUCUGUAUUAACGCCAGAAGAAUUAGCUGUGCUUAGAGGUUCUGAUUUUUAUGAUAAAUUAGCAAGUUCGAUUGCGCCGGAAAUUUAUGGCAUGGAAGAUGUGAAAAAAGCUCUUCUCUUACUUCUCGUUGGAGGAACUGAUAAGAAGAAAGGUGACAUUAAAAUCAGAGGAAAUAUAAAUAUUUGUUUAAUGGGAGAUCCAGGUGUGGCAAAAUCUCAAUUAUUGUCGUUUAUAACGAGAUUAUCGCCAAGAUCACAGUAUACAACGGGACGUGGUUCAUCGGGAGUUGGUUUAACAGCAGCUGUAAUGAAAGAUCCAUUGACUGGUCAAAUGAUGUUGGAAGGUGGUGCACUUGUAUUGGCCGAUCAAGGCGUUUGUUGUAUUGAUGAAUUUGAUAAAAUGGCUGACGCCGAUAGAACAUCAAUUCACGAAGUUAUGGAACAACAGACAAUAUCUAUUGCAAAAGCGGGAAUAAUGACACGUUUAAAUGCCCGUGUAUCAAUUUUAGCGGCAGCAAAUCCAGCAUAUGGACGUUACAAUACAAAAAGAACAAUUGAACAAAAUAUUCAACUUCCACCUGCACUAUUGUCACGUUUUGAUUUACUUUGGCUUAUUUUAGAUCGUGCUGAUCGCGACAAUGAUCUCAAAUUAGCUGAACAUAUAACAUAUGUGCAUCGUCAUUCUGCUCAACCAGUGACAGAAGUUGAAGCAUUGGACAUGAGUAUAAUGAGAAAAUAUAUUGCAAUGUGUAAAAAAAUAUCGCCAACAGUGCCUGAAGAUUUAACAGAUUUUAUUGUUGGAAGCUAUGUUGAUAUGCGAUCAGAAGCUCGUAAUAAAAAAGACAAAACAUUUACAUCGGCAAGAAAUCUUUUGGGUAUAUUACGUUUGGCAAUAGCAUUAGCUCGUCUUCGAUUAUCUGAAGAAGUUGAUAAAGAUGAUGUUGAAGAGGCAAAUAGAUUAUUGGCAAUGUCAAAACAUUCAAUUAAUUGUACGGAACAAAAUAUUGGACCAAGAGAUGCACAAACGACAACAACUAAAAGAAUUUAUGAUUUAAUAAAAGAACUUGCUACUGAUAAAGAAGUUAAGGUCUCGAAAAUUAUGGAAAGAUGUACCAACAAAGGAUUUGAUCGUAAUCAAAUUAAUGAUGUUAUUGAAGAAUAUGAAAGUCUUGGGAUUUUCCAGGUCAAUCAAGCAAGAACGAAAAUCACAUUCUUGUAGUAAGAAAACAAAAAAAAAGGUAGAGAAUAUUUUUUUUCUAUUAUUUAAUUAAUUUUUUUUUCUAUUUUUAUAAAUUUUCAUCAAUUUAGUUCAAAUUUUCAUUUUUGACUUGAGUGAAUUGAGAAACAAUUUUUCAUGAUUUCUUCGUUACAAUUAUUGACAAUUGAAUGAUUUUUUAAUGACGCCAGUAAAAAGGGAAUUUAUGUCACGAAAUUUCAUUGUUUUACAAUUUAUUGACACUACUUCGAUUAUUUUUUUUUCAACGUAAACAUCGUUAUCAAAAACCUCGCAUAAAUCGAAAUAAAAAAAUGACAUUUAAAA